AUGUUUGAAUUUGAUUUCCAGGCGGUGGUUACAUGUUACCCUCUGCUGGGCUGUGUUUCAAGGGAGGAUGAGCUGGAGAGCAGUGAGCUAAAGUGGAGCACAAAAGUGCAGUCUCUGGAGGUGGAAAAUAGGUGUCUCCAGGACCAGGCUGCCCUGCUGCAGAGCAGACAGAGCCAGCUUGAGGAGGAGCUGAAACGAACACAUGAGCAGCACAAUGCCCUCAGCAGCACCACCCAUCAGAUUGUAUCGCCCAUACACGAGGUCUCAAGGAGAGGCCACAGAGAGUGUCUGGAGCUGCUGCUGAGCUACGGAUCUCAUGUUGACGUGAAGCUGCCAGUAGUGGGAACUCCGCUGUAUGCUGCCUGCACGGCUGGGGCCGUUGUGUCCGUGGAGCUGCUGCUUCGCACAGGAGCAGAUGUUCAAAUAGGGUGUGGACAGGACAGUCCUCUACACGCUGCAGUUCGAUUUGGAGGAGCCGACGUCGUGGACCUUCUGCUGGACUUCGGAGCUGACGUGUGUUGUAGGAACGCAGAAGGAAAAACUCCCAUGGACCUGUCAGCACUAAACAGCCCAGUGAGAACCAAACUACAGACAAGAGGUCCUUACGCUCUGUCUGAGCUGAGUCGGUUCUGUAUUCCCAGACGUCUGGGAAGGAAUCGUCUGCACAGAGUGUCCAGCCUGUGCAUUCCUCACAGUAUCCAGGACUUCCUCCUCUACCGAUGA